GAAGCUUGUCGUCCAGAAGAACGUCACCCAGCCGCACACAUGGCCGGCCAUUUGCAGGGAGACGCUACAGGCAGCGGUGAAGCAUUGCGUGGCCGGGGCGCAGCUGCUCAACUUGGCAGCCUUUCUGUUCCGCGACUGGGUGACGAAGGAUGAUGUGCCCGCGGUGAAAGCCGACACGCUGGUUUACAAGAUCUUGCUGUUUGCCAACCCGCUGUUCAGCCCUGGAUGGACGGUCAUCAAGGUGUUUCGUGGCUCCUUCACACACGCAGUGGCCAAG